AUGGUUCUUGCCAGCUCUACCAUCAGCAUCCUCUCCAUGUUGCUCCUGCUCCUGAUGCUCUUCCACCAGGGACUCCACGCUCCAACCAGAAUGUUGAACUGCAGCUCUAUUGCCAUUGAGAUUAUGGAGAAUCUCCCAAAACUUGAACUCACUGAUGGUGAAGACAUAGCCAAUCUGCAGAAGCCGGAAAUUCGGAGAACAAACCUGAUCCAAUUCCUAAAAAGCUCAGAGACAUAUUUUCAUGACAAACCCGGCAUCCGGUCCAAUCUUGAGAAACUUAAGUGUUGUCUGCCUGCAUCUGUGAAUGUCUCUAAGAAGUCAGCCAUUGGCUAUGGUGAUGAGGAUGACUAUAAGAAGAAACUGAGAUACUUUAUGAGCCAACUUAGAAAUCUGCCACCAGUGCCAGUCUCUGGACCACCUCAGCCCACAUCUGGCUCCAUCACUUCUCACCUUGAGACCGAGGAAUGUUAA